AUGGAUAUGAAUGUUAGCUACAUGAUCUCAGCUCAGAUUUCCAUGAUAGCUCAGCAUGACUCCUCUCGGCUGGGUUUCCCUACCCUCACCACUUCUUUAUACAAAGCCCGAGGAGUCACUUCUUAUUCAUUAUCUUUUGAAAGCCUUAGCCCAACCAUAAAUUUGGCUUAUGUGAAGAAAAACUGUUGGAACCUUGAUGACCUCUCAGUCACUUUUCGGGGACCCCGAAAGACCAAGGGCAAGAGGUCUGAGGCUCUACCAUCUUCUACUCUCCCUACCCCAGCUCCUUCUACUUUUACUGCAGCUCCAUCUACUCUAGCUUCAUCUUUACUAGCUCCAGCUUUAGCUCCUUCGACUUCUACAACAGCUCUUUCUGCCCCAGCUACAUCCACUCCAUUAUCAGCUCCAGCUUCUACUCCAGUUUCUACAGGAUCUUCCUCUUUCAGCUCUGAUACUUUAUAUGCUAUGUUGCAGAGCCUGCACAAAGGCCAGAUCAUCAUCAUGCAGAGAUUACAGAGCUCAGGCCUGCAUCUUAUGAUUAGCAUGGAGGAGUUCCUUAGCCAGGUGGCUUGGCCAGGAGUCUAG